AAAAAUCUUAAUCAAUUAGAGAUCUAAAUCUUAUGCCUAUAACCUAAACUAACUAACUUUGAGCAAACGAGAUCCAUUCAUCUGAUCAAGUAAUCCAUGCGUUCCAUUUCUGACUGCCUGUAGGAAAAAUGUAAAUUUAUUUUCACUUUACGUUAAGUGAUCGUUGAGUUCAGUUCGUUGAGUGUUUCUAAAAUAUCGUUCCCGUUCUAUUAUUUUUUUUCGAGAUUUUCGGAAUUCAUUUUUGCGUUGUUUUUUCAAAACAGUUUCCAGUUUUGCGUUUGGAAAUAGAUUUUCCGUGGUUUUUUCAAAACAGUUUCAAGUUUUCAUUUUGUUUUUGGAAAUAGAUUAUUUUUCCGUUAUUUUUCAUUACAGUUUUGAGUUUUCUUUUUGGAAAUAGAUUUUCCGUUGUUAUUCCAAAACAGUUUAGAGUUUUCGUUUUCUUUUUUCGUAUUUUCGUUUUUUGUUUUGUUUUUUUUGUUUUUCUGAAAUCUAUCGGAAUUUAUUUUUGCGUUUUUUUUUCAAAACAGUUUAGUUUAGUUUUUUGUUUUUUUUUUUAAAAACAGUGAGUAUCAUCUGCUGGCUGUAAACACAUACGAACAUAUCUUAUAGUAUAUCAUCUCUGCUUUUCUGAAAAAGUUCUUUAGCAGACAUAUUCAAUUCAAUACUUAUUCAAUUUAAAAAUGUCCCAUAAAUGGUACAAAAUGCCAAGUCUUCGCAAAAAGGAGUUGGACUUCCCUUCUUUCCACGAGGUAGUGAUAUGCCCGUACGAUAGAUCUCAUCGCGUCCUGCGCGGUCGUAUGUCUAUUCAUCUUGUGCAUUGUAGGGGCAAGGAUUUUAAUCCUGACAAGUUUCUUAUAUGUCCUUUUAACAGCUCCCACCGGGUUUGCAAGUGGAAAAUAGAUGAACACGUCAAGAAAUGUGUCAAUAGAUCGGACAUUUGGGAAGUCACACCGGACGAAAGUCCAAAGACUGAUCAGAAAAAGAGCGUACCGUGUGAAGCAGACUGGGAUGUUGAUGAAGACGUCCCUACUUACACUCCAAAUUUAAUGGAAAAAGAAAACUUUGUGGUUCGAUCCCAUUACGGACUCUCCCGCGAUGAUGGGAGAAAAUUCAGGGAAGAGGAGCGCAAGCGUUUCGCACUUUGGCAAGAAAAGCAAAAGGAGAAGGCUAAAGAUGACAAGGACGAAGCUUAGAAUGCCACUGAAACCUUUGUUAAUAAUUGAAUAAACCGUUGAUGACUGUGACUGCUUAA